AUGAGGACUGCAGAUAACAGUCUGUAUGAUCGUGGCAUGUUGUUGCUUCAAAAAAAGAGAGAGGUCUCUGAGGUAGCUCUUGAGGACCGAAUCAGGCGUGAACUUGACGAAAUCAGAGACUUCCCAGAUAUUAAUCAGAAAAGUCGAGAAUUAGCAGGAGAUAGAGACCCUAAUGAAUUUCCAGAAAUCAUGAACAAGUGGCUUUCAGAGAAAAAUAAAAAGCUUGAUAUUAACCGCUCUCAGCAGUAUUUAGAAGACCGCAGCCAAAUUCGAAGAGUUCCAACACCUCCAGGAUAUCAAAGUCCUUUAACAGACUGAGAAGAAAGGGUUAAGCAUUAUUUUGACACGAGAAACCAAGACCCUGAUGUGUAUACUCAUUCACCUGAAAUAAAUUCAGUGUCUAGAGCAAUGUUUCCUAUUUGGAAAGAAAAGGUUGAGGAUAGAUUAAUGAGGCUGGAAAUUGAAAAACAUCAAAAACUUGAAGAAAUGAGGCAGAAAAACGUAGAAGAAAUUCCGACGUUUAAGCCAGUUGUAAAUCAGUUUAAUAAGCCAAGACCUGAAGAUGUCAACGCACAUUUGUAUUAUGAAGGACUGUCACUAAUUGAUAGAAAACAAAAAGCAGCAGAAGUAGUUUUUGCUCAAAGCUACCCUUUUAAACCUACACUAAAUCCUACGUCAAUUGAAUUAGCUGCUAAUAGAAAAAAUAAACCUCAAGCAGCAAUUGUGGAGGAAGAGCCAGAACAGCCAAAGCCAAGUCGGGUUUUAAAACCGAAAGAGUUUGAAGAAUUCUUAGUAAGAAAUUAUGUGAAGCCACUAGAAAAAACACAAAAAUUGGACGAGUCAGAAAACACAGCGUCGUCUAUUUCUGUUAAAGUGAAAAAAAUUGACAAUUCUUUAUAUGAUAAAGGAAUCAAGCUGAUUAUGGCAAAAGAAGAAAAGAUAAGACAAGUCCAAGUCGAAAAAGAAAAAAAUGAGCUUGAAGGCUGCACAUUUAAGCCGCAGGUAUACAAAAGGUCAAAAACGCCUCCACCCUCUCUCAAGCGAGAAAACUCAAAAAAAGGCGGCUACAGCAAGCCUAAAGGAGACCCCAAAGAAACCGUCACUUAUAAAGACAGACAAGGCAAAGAAUUUUCUCUAAAAAUGAUUUCAAGUCUCUCCCCAGACCUUUUAAAAGAGCUUGAAAACUUAGAAGAAAAGGUUUUGGCAUUUCAAUAA